AUGCAAGGUCAGGGCUCUGACGUCCAUGGCCAUCAAGGCCAUCUCCCUGAGGAGAACGUGAAAAUACCUAGCAACAAUGUCCACAUCAACCAAGAUGCUUUGACUCCUGACAGUCCCAAUCAAACAAUCCACCAGGAGAACCGAGCGCUGUCGCUACUUCUCUCUCCUCCGCCCAGUUCGCCUUUGAUACCUCUGGGCACAAUCGAUUCCGCACCCACCCAAUACAGCCCAGAAUAUCCGGCUGGUCCCCAGUUCACCAGAAUGAAUGGAUCAUACCGUGUUUAUAAUCCAAUUCGGGGAGCGGAGCUCAGGACUGCGGCCGAUCUUGCCAACCCAUUCAGAGACAGACUGGAUCAAGGUGGCCAGAUGCGAGACCAUGGAAGGGCUCGCAGUAGAAGCCCUUACAGCUCGAUUCAAUCCAACGGGCUUCUUGAAUCCCAGGAUCUACCAGCAGGGCCAGCGAGGGGAUUCAAUCACUAUCCUCGGGAGGUGUAUGUUCCGCCUGGCAUCAAUGACAUGAUGCAUCUGAAUCUGCCUAGCUCUUCUCCGACACUGUUUCCGGACAACACCCAUAGUGGUGGUCGUGAUCUUGCUUUGAGCCUCCCAGGGGACUCUCUGGGACAGAGUUACCAUCUCAAUGAUGGCAAUUGGUAUGGAUACCCCCAGGAGCAACAGCAACAACAGGUGCAAGGGCCCGAAAGACCACCAGUCGCCAAGCAAGAGGAGGAGGACCUCGACGACAACUACGAGGACCAUUUGUGCGAAUUCGCUGCACCAUGCCGAAUGCAUCCCUCGCCUGAUGGAAUGCACUACCGAAAGGUAGUAUCGCAUGUGUUCGGCAGAAACAAGGCCGUCACCAAGCUGUUUCCACUCGGAGUUUGGGUCCACUACUGCCGGAAGCACUACCAGCGCGCCCGGUAUCGCGCAGAUCAAUGGCCUUUCACACAGUGUGACCUCCUGCUUGAGUCACUGACACGUAUGGAAAGCUGGGAUGGAGUGGAGAGCUUCGAGCUGAUCCUUCGCCGGCGAGAGCAAAUGCGUGUCGGGCGUGAAGCUGAGGGCACAACGACCACUGAGACCUCCAAGCAGAAAGAGGUCACUUCCUCCGGCAAGGCCCAAGAUCAGGGCACCAAGUCUUCGGCUAUUGUCACCCGCCCGGGCCGUAGACACCCAACUGCCAUCAUCGCCCCUGUCCCAGACUGGCUUCGGCAACACGUUGGUCAUGGCAAGACCUUUCAGGAAAUCCGCCAGAUCAUCGAAAUGGUGCGCAGCCACAUGGUCCGGCUGCGAAACCAAGAACGAGCGCAACAGCAGCUCAACGACGUUCCCAAGUCCCCAGGCAAACCAGGAAGCCUUCGUCGAGGUGCAUCCUCGAGCAUCCGAAAGGGACGUACCGCGAAGGGCCAAAGCCCCCUUCCCCUGCGUCCUAGCACGGUUCGAUUCCCCGACGUUGAAAUCCUCCCCCAUUUCAAGCCCUGGGUGAAGGAGGCUGCUUUGCGGCAGCGAUCUGCCACAAACGGCCCAAUGAACAUGAACAUGAACGAGCCCGAGAUCAAGGACGAGUCGGAGCAGAGAAUUCUCGGUGGUGGACGUGUCCUUGGAGAAAUCCAGGAUAACCGGGACACCAAUGGCGCUGGAUCCAGCCAGGCAUCAAACGGCGACUUUGCAGCUACAGCAGCGCAGCACUGCGAGGGCCGCCUCGAGUCUGUUACUGCUGUUUCUGCUGACGACACCGCUGGGGUCAAUCUCUUGCAGGUGCAGCCUCACAUCGGUAGGGCUGGGACCAACCGUGGCCAGUCUGAGAGCCAGCGCCGCCGCAGCGAGCGGGUCUAUAUCAAGGCCCUAGAUCGUCUCCCUGGCCAGAGCUUGAACAAGAAGACCAUCAAGGAGGAUGAGGAGGAGGAAGCGGAGAAUGAAAUGUAG